UAUUGGCACGCCCCUACAACUUUGAAACUUUGCUUGUAUCAAGGGGUUGUUUGCUUUUGUCAUUACUUGGUUGGUAGUGUUUGCUUAGUGUGGUAUUGUGUACGAUCUUACUGGAAGCCGUGUGUAUUCACAAGGGUAGUUGGGGUAAAUGUGGUCAAUGACAAGUCCAGAACAUAGGCGUUGAGGAUGAUUGGCAUGCGUCAUGUGACGUCAAAGGGGUUUGGCCAGGCAGCUAGCGUUGGGUGACAGAACCUAGUUUCUUGUUCCCCUUUUGUUUUUGGGAGAACUGUGUUGGAGCCUCCAAAGGGGGAGUGUGGAGUUGGCACUCAGGUGAUUAUUUAGAUACACCCUGAACAUCCUGAGGCAGAGGGGGUCAGCGUAACACCUCUCACAGCAGAAACACUACCAGACUGGUUCUUCAGGGAGACACAGGGACCAGCCAGAUAAUGCAAGGUUUGGGAGAGAGGGAAUGCUGAAGAGAGAGACAGAGAGUGAGACAGACAGACAGAACUAGUGGAGGACAGACAGAAGAGGGUGAGAGAGAAAAGUGUGAUGCAGCGAAACAAAGCGGGAGAGUGAAAGAGAGAUCGACUGAAUGAGUGGGGCUUCAGAGCGAGAUUAGUGUGAGAGAGAGAGAGAGAGAGAGAGAGAGAGAGAGAGAGAGAGAGAGAGAGAGAGAGAGAGAGAAAUAUUCCCCAGAGGUUUGGUCUAGCUCCCAGUAAUAUAAGUUUAUUUGCACAGCAGGACCGGUAACAACCUGCUUUGUCAAAGUAACUUACUGUUCUGUAGUCUCAACAGCAGGUCGCUGAAGACAGAAGAAAAAACACUAAGGUUGAUUUGGGACCUAGUGUGCCAGAAGGGAGUGUGAGGGGCUGUGUUGAAGAGAGUGUGUGUGAGAAACAGUGUGUGUGUAAGAGAGUUCAAGGAUGACCAGGAGGUCAGUUAAUGGUGAGGGGACUGGGGUGAACAACAUCCCCCCAAAUGGGGAACACCCAGGGGAUACCCCUGUCCCAAAAAAGGACCCUGACGCCCCGCACGGUAAGGUAGAGCUUAAAAAGAAGGUGACCCUGCUUCGGGGAAUCUCCAUCAUCAUAGGGACCAUCAUCGGCGCGGGAAUCUUCAUCUCUCCCAAGGGAAUCUUGAAGAACUCUGGGAGUGUUGGAAUGUCUCUGGUGGUGUGGAUCGCCUGUGGAGUACUGUCUCUGUUCGGGGCCCUGUCCUAUGCAGAGCUGGGAACCAGCAUCAAGAAAUCUGGAGGACAUUAUACCUAUAUUCUGGAGGCCUUUGGACCACAGAUGGCCUUCAUACGUCUCUGGGCUGACAUCAUCGCCAUCAGACCUGCAGGGUUGGCAGUGAUAUCCCUGGCCUUCGGACAAUACAUCCUGGAGCCUAUAUUUAGGCCGUGUGGAGUGCCAGAGAUCGCUAUCAAACUGGCCACCUCUAUAGGAAUAACGUCGGUGAUGUAUCUCAACAGUAUGAGUACGAGCUGGACAAAUAGGAUUCAGAUCCUCCUCACCUUCUGCAAGCUGCUGGCUAUCGUUAUCAUCAUCGUACCUGGCCUCUAUAUGCUCUUCAAAGGGGAGACUAAGAACUUUGAAAAUGCGUUUGAGGUCAGUAAUAUCAAGCUCACAGGUCUUCCUCUGGCCUUCUACUCUGGGAUGUACGCCUAUGCUGGGUGGUUUUACCUUAACUUUGUGACUGAGGAAGUGGAGAAUCCAGAAAAGACUGUGCCAUUGGCCAUCUGUAUCUCCAUGGCAAUAGUCACUUCCUGCUACGUGCUGACCAAUGUGGCGUACUACACUGUGAUGUCAGCAGAGGAGCUGUUGGCCUCGCAAGCCGUCGCCGUGACAUUUGCAGAGAAGACGAUGGGGAACUUUUCAGUGGCAGUGCCAGUAUUUGUAGCCUUGUCGUGCUUCGGUACGAUGAACGGCUGCUUGUUCGCUUUCUCAAGAAUUUUUUAUGUGGCGUCACGAGAAGGCCAUCUCCCUGAGGUUCUGUCCAUGAUCCACGUCCGCAGACACACACCUUUGGCAGCCGUCAUCAUUCUGUACCCUAUGACGGUGCUCCAGCUGUUUGUGGGAGAUAUCUACAGCCUGUUGAACUUCAUGAGCUUCCUCCGCUGGCUCUUCAUUGGUGUGGCUGUGCUGGGCCUCAUCUACAUGAGAUACACACGCCCUGACAUGCCACGUCCUUUCAAGGUUCCUCUUUUCAUUCCAGCCAUUUUCUCCUUCACCUGUUUCUUCAUGGUGUUCCUCUCUCUCUACUCCGACCCCGUCAACACAGGGAUAGGAUUCGCCAUCUCACUAACAGGAAUCCCAGCCUACUAUAUUUUCAUUGUGUUUGACCGCAGACCCAAGUGGCUACAGAAGGGUUUAGGUAACACGCUACCUACAUAUUCCUUUAACAGAUCUGUCCAGAUCAUCCUGGAGGUGAUCCCAGCAGAACACUGACACCAGACCAGAUCCCCACACCAGAUCCGUAUUCAUGAUCAUCCACACCACAGGAGAACGAGAUCGGGUUAAUGAGUGGAAUGGUGUUUGAAGCCAUUCCAUUUGCUCUGUUCAGGCCAUAUUCUUUUGAGCCGUCCUCUCCUCAGCAGCCUCAUGUGCUCCACACCCAAGGACAUCACACCGAUGGCCUCUUCUAUUGUAUCGUUUCACAUUAUACAUUAUUAUGACUCUCCCAUCCUGCUGACCUUAUCUAGGCAGGCUUAGCCCUGCUCUGCUCUCACAUUUCACAUUACCAAUUCAAACCGCCUGAAUACUCUCUCUUCUCUCCUCACCCAAGUAUUUUAAAUGGAGUGGCCAGGCAGGCAGGGAGGUGAGGCUGUGGCUUUGUGUGUGUCCCUGUGUGGGAUUUGUAGGUAAUCCAUCUCUGUAACCACUACCCUACGGCUUCAGUGUGCAGUGGGAGCCCAGCCUCUUAGAAAUGCAACAGCUUUUACUGUUGAUAAGAUGUCAGGGAAUCCUUGUAAGCUUGGAGUAUAAUUAUCUUUGGCUACAAUCACAGUUAUAUUUGUUAUUGUUACAGCUAGCAUUAGCCAUAAUUACAGCUAGUGUUAGCUACAUUCAGACCUAGCUCCAGUCAUUGUUACACCUAGCAUUAACCACAAUCACAGCUAGCUUUAGUCAUUGUUAUAGCUAGCUAGCAUUAGCCAUGACCACAACUAGCAUUAAGUCAAAGUCAUCACUAGCAUUAGUCACUGCUAGCAUUAGCAUUACACUGGAUACUCAGUUUUCACCAGACCAUUCAGGAUGUACACAGUAUGUACCGUAGGCUACCCAUAGUUAUUUCUAUAUUUUAGGAAAUUAAGACAGAUCAGUGAGUGUUAAUUGAUGUAUGUUCUAUAGUCUGAGUAAGACAAGCACUCCCUUCACAUAGGUAAGCAUCAUUAGAGCAGUAAAGUGUGAUUCAUGCUCAAUCUACAGAUGCCUGUGAAACAUGAUGUCCUUACACAAAUGACAACUAACAUAAACGGGAUACAGUUUUAUAUUGAACCUUUUUUUGAAAACAUGUAUGUUUAGAAAUUAUGUCUUGCAUAACUUGAGAAAACCUCAUCCAAUUUCAUGGAAAAAUAAAAACAGAUUUCUUCAAUCUGAGAGAAACUCUACUUUUCUAUUCUGUAGACAAUGAAUGACACAAUUUGCACAAGGGAUAAACAUUUUAUUUUCACUUGGUGGAGAAAUGUUGGUUGCGUAUAAAACAGUUUCCACACCAUGUCCAGAA